AUGUCAACGAUUUCAUCUAAUGCUGAUAUCACAACCAAGUAUCAACGUGUUGCUGCUGAAUAUGCAAAGACUGUUGGUGAAUUUGAAUAUAAAGUAUUCGAUUACUUAGAUCUUUUUCAGUUAAAAGUUCAAGUAUCGGUUCUAAAAAAUGCAGUUGUCGAAGAACGGGCUAAAAACGAAAAAUUGUCGACAGAUUUGCGAAACAGUGAAUGGUCAUUGAGGAAAGCUGAGAGUGAAAAAGAAGGAUUUGAGUUUCGUAAUAGUCAGUUAGUAAAACGGGUUGAAUACCUUCAAAAUGAAAUUGAAAAUGCGAAGCAUACAUCAUUUCAGAAACGUGGAUCCUUGUUCCAAAAGAUUUCACGGAUAGAACGCUCAGCUAUAUCAGACUCUGAAAUCGUCCAGCUAGAACUGCAAAAGAAAUUAGAGGAAAAUGAAAUAUUGCAUAAAAAAGUUUCCGAACUGGAAAACGAAUAUACAGAAGCUACAUCAGCUCUCAAUGAACAGUAUAGAAAGCUUGAAAUUGAGAAUACGAAGCUUAAAGAAGAACUGCAAAAAGUAAAAGCAAGUGCAGUUGUAAAUGAGAAGAUAGGUGGAGAAUCGGAAUCAAUGGCUGAAAAUGGGGCAUCAGUAAACAUAAUAGUUGCGACAGCAACUCAGAAUUUGAUUUUACCUGGAGAUACGAAGACGGUUGUCACUGAAACAUUGCAUGUACUUUGGUUAGAUGUAUUACGCACUGCAAGGACAUUAACGUCUGUAUUUGCAAAUUUACUGCAGCUAUUUGAGCAACGAUCAACCAUUUAUCCCACUGAUAUCAACAUGGAAAAAUUACCGGAGAGGACGCUUCUGUUCGGGCAGCAACUGCUAUCGAGUGGUGAUAAAUUUGAAGCUUGUAUGAGCACCAUUGAUACAAUUUUAGUUAAGAACACUGAUGAUGAUUGCCUUAAUUUAUCUCAUGAAUGCUCAAAAAUAGCCUCAGUUUUUUCUAGUGCAUUAUCCUCUUGUCAGGAGUGGCAAGAGUUGUUCUGCGAAAGCACUGCUGAUGAAAGUCGUCUAUCUUGGUGUGGAACCAAUUUGUUCAGGUGUAAUGAAGAUUGGACUGCUUCAUUUCUUCAAUUCCUCCAGGCUCUUAAUGUUAUCUCCUGGCAAAUUGAACAUUUUCAUCAGUCUCCAAUGGAAAUUUUUGACCAUAUUCAAAAAUUACCAGAGCUCUCUUCAGACAUCAAACUUUCAUGCUACAUUUUUGCAGAUUGUAGUCGUGCUUUUACGGCCAAAAUUUUUGAUGAAAAUCGCAUUCCAACAGCUACGAAGCGUUUACGUUGUGUCAAUGACUGCAUCAAUAAAUGUUUGAUGUCACUGCAUCGUAACUUGAACAGCUUUGUAGGACUGGUACAGUUAGUGAUAAACUCAUCAGAUAUUGAAGGGAAAAGUGCUCAUCUGGCUGUAAAGAACUCAGACUUCUCUACUGCACUAGAUUCUUCACUUUCAAGUACUAGUGUGACACAGGUUCCCAGCGCUAACUCUUAUCAAGAGGCUAGUAAAGAAAUAAGCUAUCCGAAAUAUGGAAAUCUAUCCGUUUUGCAGAUAGAACAGGCUAGAAAGAGGAUUGUUGAACUGGAGAAGCAAAAAGAAAGGAUCAUUAUAGAUCAUGAACUUUUGAAAAGAAAGUUUGAAUCAAUAAAGCUAUCGGAGGCAGGAAAUGAUACAUCUGAUUUGCCUAUUAAAGAUACGGAUGUUAUAUGCUCUUACUUUGAAGAACGAAUCGGAGAAUUGCAUGCAGACGUUGCGCAUAUCCGCAGUCGAGCCUUGUAUUAUAAGCAUGAAUGCAAGGAUCUUCUUACGUUAGUCAAUAUAUCCAAUGAAGAGAAUGAAUUACUGCGAAAAGAUUUGAAUGAUGUAGUUGCUAGAGAGUCUGCUUUGAAGGAAGAAUUGGAAAUGACGCGAAAAAGUUAUGAAGAGAAAAUGCGGAGUUUACAUGAACACAUCGCUACUUUGAAUGUACAAUCUUUAGAAGAGCAGUCGAAAGUGUUAAAUUCAUUUAAAGAUGCAUCAAAUGGUGUGAAUACCACGAAGCAGGUAGUUAUUAGCUGUUUUCUGAAAAUACUUCUUACACAAAAAAAAUAUUAG